GAACCUCCGAAGUGUGGAGUUUAGAGGAGGACAGAAUGAAGUCGUUCGUCUGCGAGCACAAGCACUGCAGUGCAUUCUGUACUGCAGAGAGUAAUUCAAUCAGUUUAGGGAGUAGGGCAAGAGAGGACUACCGAGGAUUAGCUGGCUCUGCUACAAGCGUCCACAGCUGGCUUGCAAUGCUUUUAGGCGCUGCGCUGACAGGUGCACCAUUGCCAGCAUUGGCUCUUGCUCGUGCCGUCUCAUUACCCAUACGUGAUUUGCUCACUGUCCGUCAUGGCCUCGUGUUACAACUUGCCCUACAUUCCCCAAGCUCAUCCAAGCAGCUGCUGCAUGGCGUGCCGUACCUCUGCCCAGGCCAGGGAGAGACGCUGCUGCCCUGCCGUCCAAGCCCUGUCAGACCAAUUCGGCUGGGAAGAGCCUUGGAAGGACAGAGGACCAGAGACAGAGAACGGUGUUAGCGUUCGAAGCAUUGCUGGACUCAGCCUCACCUUUUUCGGCUAGUCGAUUAUGUUUGUGGAGCAGUAGCGUGGUUGCUGUUUGACAUAGUAGAUGCUAUGUUCUGGUGUUCGCAAGAUGUGAGAAAUAUUUCGAAGGACGGAUCGAAGACAAGGCAAGAGGUGCGUGUAUUGAAUGUGGCUGGUCCCAAAUGUAGUGUUUCCCGUGUCCCCUUGUCGCUUGGACCAUGAAACCGAGAAGGAAGGGUGGAAGUGGGUGCCUCGUAGGUGGUAGUGACUCGUGUUGUACGUGCACAAUGGACGAUAGGCGGAAUACAACUGCUGGUGCUCAAAGACCGUGGAUAGUUCGUGUACUUGUGGUUGUGACGUUGGCUGCCUGCUGCGGCUCAUUGGACGGCGUAGGAGCGAGCCCUGUACGGAUGAGAGUGGGACGUUCUGCAAAGUCAAAACGAGGGUUAUAUAUCCAAUGGCCGCUGAAAGCUCCAAAGUCCAAUCCGUUCAACACGGCUAAGAAAUGCUCGACGUUACAACCUCCCGGCGGCAAUGCAGUGGGUGCACCGGGCGCAGUGCCAUCGGCGGCAUCACUGCUACAAACACACCCACCGCCUGCACACUUCAACAACCAGCAAUACCCAGCCAGUCAGUAUGCGGAUCCAGUACCGCCCGCACAAGGUGGUCAGGCACCACCGCCAGCAGCCGGUGCUGAGCCACCACCGGCAGACCCAGUGCCCGUAGAUCCAGGCGCGGCGCCGGAACCAGUCAGUUUCAGGAACCAGAGGACUCUACCUUGGAGAAAGGUGCAGAAAAGCUAAGGCGGUGGAAAGCAUCACUGUAAGAUGGCAGGUGAUGUACACAGCCCCCCCCCCCUCCAUCAUGUACUCUGUUGACAACAUACUCCAAAUUCUAAUCAUAGCAACGAAAUACGAAUUCCGACUCCCAAAAGCUAUUCAUAACGUUUCACUCUUCAUACAAUCAAAUCAUUUUUCUGUAGCAUUUCACAUGUAGCCUCCAUUGAUCACAUUGGAUCUGUCAACCUGUUCUCCAAUACUGAAUCUUCAUUUGAGUUUAGGACUUCACAAUCAUAGGAGUAGAGUCAUCUCUGAUAGGCAAGGUUUCUCCGAUUCACAAAGCCUAAGUCUAGUGUGUCGGGUCAUCGUCAAGGCAACACACAACACUGUCAUUGGCCUGUAGGGCCUGGGUGAUGUUUUUUUCACUGAAUCAUAUUAAUUUUCUCCUCAAGAUGUGACUGUAUCUUGUUUUUAUUCUCCUAUUUCUCAUGUUCUAGUUUUAGCCAGGAUUGUCUGGGUGUACGUGUAGUUCGAAACAGAUUUGUCACAAUUCUAAUUUCCUAUAGCAGGAGCAUUUUUGAGUACCGCAUUUGGUGACUCACUUCCUCUGUCCAUUAAAUACUGCCUUAGAAGUGGCAGUCUUGCACAAUG